UGCCGCCCAAUGGUGUGGGAGUACUCAGUAUGUAGCCCUGCCCGCGUUUGUCAGUCCCUCCGCUCCUACAACAAGGAAAAGUGUAGAAACAAAAAUACUUUCUUCAUCAGCACUUUUACAAUUUUGUUUGCAUCCGUGUUGCUAGGCUGAAGUAACAAAACCGCGUGCACACGGAAACAGUUACUACUGGAGCGCAGGAUUAUUGUCUUUACAACUGCAUUUCAUCCAAAUGUCAAAUAUGGGAAAUCAUUAAUACAGCCGAGUGAUCGUCUGUCGUGGUUUGUUUUACUUAUUUUUCUGACAACCAAAGGCCGGUUAUCUUCAUUGAUCGAUCAGAGGGUGAGAAUGGGGCAUCCUCCACUAGAGUUCAGCGACUGUUACUCCGACAGUCCAGAUUUCAGAGAGAGAUUGAAAUGCUACGAAAUCGAGCUGGAGAAAACCAACAAGUUCUUAAAAGAUGUCAUCAAGGACGGCAACAAUGUGAUCAACACGCUUAAAGAGUACUCUCUCGCAGUGCAGAAGUUCUCUCACACCCUUCAGUCGUUCCAGUUUGAUUUCAUCGGGGACACUUUGACUGAUGAUGAGAUGAACAUUGCUGAAUCAUUUCGAGAGUUUGCUGGUUUGCUGCAGGAAGUGGAAGAGGGUCGAAUGAUGUUGGUGCAGAAUGCAUGUGACUUGCUAAUCAAACCUUUGGACAAGUUCAGGAAAGAGCAGAUUGGCGUCACAAAAGAUAGACGAAAGAAGUUUGAGAAGGAGAGUGAGAAGUAUUACUCUCAGCUGGACAAACAUGUGAACAUGUCCUCAAAGAAAAAAGAGGCACAGCUACAAGAGGCUGAUGAACAGUUGGAGAAGGAGCGUCAGACAUUUUACGAGUCGUCUAUUGAAUAUGUGUUCCAGAUCCAGCAUGUUCAGGACAGGAAGAAGUUUGAUGUUGUGGAGCCUGUUUUAGCAUUUCUUCAGAGCAUCCUAACACUGAAUGAUCUCACUGUGGAGAUGACGCAGGACUUCCUUCCAUAUAAACAGGAGCUGCAGCUCAGUCUACAGAACACCCGUAACCACUUCGAGAGCACCAGGGAGGAGAUGGAAGAGCUAAUGAAGAGGAUGAAGAAGUCAGCACAGAUCUGUAUUAGACACGGCCAGCAGGCGACUAUGGAGGGAUACCUUUAUGUGCAGGAGAAAUGGACUCUUGGCAUAAACUGGGUGAAGUAUUACUGUAAAUACUUCAAAGACAGCAAGUUAUUCAUCAUGGUGCCGAUGGAACAAAAGACAGGAACCAAACAGACCACAUCUCAGCUCACACUGAAGUCCUGUGUACGCCGUAAAACAGACUCCACUGACAAACGCUUUUGCUUUGACAUUGAAACAAAUGAAAGGUGCAGCCCUGUCCUGCUCCAGGCUAUUUCUGAGGUCAACAGGAAGCAGUGGAUGGAGGCCAUGGAUGGCAAAGAACCAAUUUAUCAUUCUCCGAAUCAAAAGCAGGCAGAAAUGGAGCUAAAUGACCUCGGCUUCAAGUUCGUCAGAAAAUGCAUCAAUUUUAUGGAAACAAAAGGCCUGACUCAGGAAGGAGCCUACAGGACUGUGGGCAGCAACAUUCAAGUACAGAAACUUCUGAAUGCCUUCUUUGACCCAAAGUCUCCAGCGGAUGUAGAUUUCGAUUCCACUGACAUGGACGUUAAGACCAUCACUAGUGCUCUGAAAUUCUAUCUACGGAGUCUGAGUGAACCGCUGAUGACCUACAGCCUGCAUGGACAACUGAUCUUAGCAGCAAAGUCAGAGAAUCCGGACUAUCGGUUAGGGGCGGUUCACUCGCUUGUUUACAAACUCCCAGAGCGGAACAGAGAGAUGCUGGAACUGUUAAUCAAACACCUGGUCAGUGUUUGCAGCCAUAGCGCUGAGAAUCUGAUGACCGUGUCGAAUAUGGGUGUGAUAUUUGGCCCAACUCUUAUGAGAGCAGAGGAGGAGACUGUAGCGGCCAUGCUGGAUAUUAAGUUCCAGAACAUCGUCACGGAGAUCCUCAUCGAGGACUACAGCAAGAUCUUUAAGGGUCCUCCUGAAGAAAGCACUCCGCCUCCUGUCCCGCCUCCGAGGGUGACCGAACGGAAACGGCAGCCAAUUACAAUCUCAAAACGCCCACCUCGUAUCUCGCCUGGCCUUCAGUCUCCAGUUUUUGAGCGGCGAGAGCAGAACGGCGCCACCCACAAUGGCGGUGAAUCCGAGGGAGACACUGGCCUCACCAGUCCGGUUCCUCAUCAGAGAACAAAACUGGCACCUCCUUCCAUCUCUCCUCCAUCGAUCCCGCUCUCCUCUCCGACAUCUUGGAAGCCUGCUCACCCCAUACCUGCUCUCCGGUCCUUUGAUUCGGACGUCAGUAAGCUUGAAGUUAGGAUGCAGGCUGGUCAGAGGUCAGACGGCAUGGUGACAACCAAUGGGGAAUCAAGAGUGACAGUGAACCGAGCUCAGUCUUUCCAGGCAAGGAGGCCACAACACAGAGAAACAAUCGGGGAGGCUCAGGGGGCGAAAGUACGAUCUUUUUCAGAGAAGAGUUCCAUCUGCCGGCCCCCCACUCGACCACCAGAUCCACCCUCUCGUGUCCUCAAUAAAACUCCAAACGAAGACUCUCCAGCAUCAUAUGUCGCAUCGAAAACCAAGUUUUUUGAGAACGCUUCCAGGCACAUGGGGAGUUCCUCUCCAAAUGACUCACCUGCAGCUUCUAGAGAUGAGAACUCAAAAUAAGAACCGUCUUCCAGUCACUGCUAAAACUGAGUGUGUUAUGGACCACUUAACACACAUCAGUGGUCAUGAGACUGUGUAUCCGUGUAUGGCACAGGCUGGCAUCUGGUCAUGGUUUUGAGAGAUCACUUAUUGUUACUGACAGAGCAUGAAGGAAUGCCCCUCAACUCCAGUGUAGUUUUUUUUAUUUUUCUGAAUGAGUUGGAAAAGGUACUGUUUCUACUUUACUUUAUUAAAACCAAGUCUUUGAUUCUUGCUUGGAUCAAAGAACAAAAAGAAAAGCAUUGAAUGUUUUUACCUUCCUGCACACAAAUGGAGAACUCCCUUCCAUUCUUCCGCUUAUUGUGUCUAUCAGUAUCUCCCCCUUUCUGUGACCUACUUAAGAGACCGAUAAGACUUACGCUUUCCAAUCUCACUCUACAGAUGCUCUACUGACUUCAAUCUAAAAGCGAUAGAAAGUGGUAUAGCCCAGAUGUAAUAUAUAUAAUACUCUGAAUCAACACUAAUCAG